UCGGAUGUAUCCAGUGAGAGACCGCAUCCUCACGCGUCUGUCACUGUUUAUCAGCGCGUUUAUUCAGUUUUAAAUUCAUUUAACAGAGAAAUAACUUUAAAAAUGAGUAAUAUUUAUAUUCAGGAGCCUCCGACCAACGGAAAGGUUUUAAUAAAGACCUCAGCAGGUGAUAUAGAUGUAGAACUUUGGUCUAAAGAAGCUCCUAAAGCCUGCAGGAACUUUAUUCAGCUCUGUAUGGAAGGUUAUUACAAUGGAACCAUUUUCCACCGUGUGGUUCCAGAAUUCAUCAUUCAGGGCGGUGAUCCGACUGGCACUGGGACUGGGGGGGAGUCUGUCUAUGGCCGUCCCUUUAAGGAUGAGUUCCAUUCUAGGUUGCGUUUUAACAGGAGAGGUUUGGUAGCGAUGGCAAACGCUGGAGCUCAUGAUAACGGCAGUCAGUUCUUCUUCACUCUGGGUCGAGCUGAUGAACUCAAUAACAAACACACUAUAUUUGGAAAGGUGACGGGGGACACGGUCUACAACAUGCUGCGAUUAGCCGAGGUGGAGUGUGAUGGUAACGAACGACCGCUAAAGCCACACAAGAUCAGAUCUACAGAGGUCUUGCAUUCUCCCUUUGAUGACAUCAUACCCCGUGAGAUACGAGUCAAGAAAGAGAAGCACAAAGAGGAAGAAAAGAAAUCUCAGUCCAAGGCAACAAAGAAUUUUAGCCUGCUGUCGUUUGGUGAGGAGGCGGAGGAGGAAGAGGAGAUGGUGACUCAGGUGAGCCAGACCAUGAAAGGAAAAAGUAAAAGCAGUCAUGACCUCCUGAAGGACGACCCCAAGCUGAGCUGUGUUCCUGUGGUGAACAGCAAAUCAGGUUCAGGAGAUGUUUCAGAGGGAGCUGAUAAAGGGCAAGACGAUGAUGAUGAUGAUGAUGAUGAUGUUGACGAUAAUGGAAAAAUGAGGCAGAAGGAAAUGAGAGAGCGCAUCUCCAACAAGCUGAAGAAAGAGAAGGUGGACGAGGAGAAGUCUGAUUUUCGAGAGGAGGCGGAAAAGAAGAGCAGUCGCAGUGAAGAACUCCGUAAAGAAGCUCGUCAGCUGAAGAGGGAACUCCUUGCAAUCAAGCAGCGAAAAGAUGAGAGGAUGAAGCCGGAGGAGAAGAGCAGCUCAGAAGAGACGAAGGUGUCCAGCGAGGCUGUGUCUGAGUAUCUAGAGAGCAAGAGGAAGUACGAAGAAAUGAGGAUGGAGAAGCUGAAGAAGGGUUCGAGCAGAGAGGCGCAGACACUCUCUCUUCUGGACCGUUUUAAGUCCAAGCUGUCUACAGCUAUCUCACAAACUCCAGACACAUCUGAUGACCAGGAGCUUGGAGAGGACGAUGAUAAAGGAUGGAUGUCUCACGUGUUGCAGUUUGAUGAACAAACCAAGAAGGUGAAGGAUGCCAACAUGCAGGAUGAAGACACAUUCGAGAUCUACGACCCUCGGAACCCCGUCAACAAGCGCAGACGGGAGGAGAGCAAGAAACUUCUGAAGGAGAAGAAGGCCAAGUGGUGAUCAUCUCCUCCUCCUCCUCGCUGAUUAUCAUCAACACCAUGUGAGGAUCCACAGAGAACAUGUGUGAUCAACCUCGCUGUAAAUUUAGUUCACUAAAGAGAACUGGAGUUAUGUUCACGACCCAAUUAAUAAAUGUUUG